UUUACCAACCAGCUACCCAACCUGGGGGAUCUUCCUGAAAAACAGUUCAAAGGGUCUGUGUUUACCCUGAUUUUUAAGGGCAGCUUUAGAGACUCUACACCCAGCCUGCUCCAGAAAAGGAUCUUCAGCAUGGGAAGCGUCAGCUUUGGCGUAAUCCUUGCUGUUCUGGCUUCAUUCAUUCUGCUAAUCAAUUGUGUCCUGGUUAUUGUGCUGGUGCGGCUGAUCUGGAAGAACCACUGCCACGGUCUGUGCUUUGUUUUGAACCUUGCUGUCUCCGACUCCUUGGUGGGCUGUGCCAUCACAGGUCUGGUUGCAGAAGAGCUGUCUGGGCCUGAGCACCAGACCCCCCAACAGUACUGUGUCUUGCAAAUGGCUUGCAUCACCUGCCCUUCUGCUGCCUCCAUCUUCACCGUGAUUCUAGUCACCUUUGACCGAUACUUGGCUAUCAGGCGUCCUUUCCAUUACUUCAAAAUCAUGCGCAGCCCAGUUGUCGGGAUGUGCAUUGGAGGGCCCUGGGUGCUGGCCUGUUUGAUCGGUUUCCUCCCUGUGAUGGUUCACAGCUUCCAACAGAAGAGCUACCAAGGUCGGUGCACCUUCUUCGGAGUAUUCCAGCCCACGUACACGCUCAUUGUCUUCUGCGUCAGCUUCUUCCCAGCCUUCUUCAUCUUCCUCUAUUUCCACUGCCACUUGCUCAAGAUUGCUUCUUUGCACCUCCAGCACAUCCGAGAACUGGAACACGCUGGCCUGCCAGCAACCUGUCCAGCCUCUCAGCCUUCCAAUGAUACCAAAGCCCUGCGCACUGUGGCCAUCCUGGUUGGUUGUUUUGCUCUCCUCUGGUCCCCCUUCUUUGUUGUGAGCAUGGUCCAGAUUGCCUGCCAGCGCUGUUACCUGCAUCACCUCCUUGAACACUAUCUGUGGGUGCUGGGUGUGUGCAACUCUCUAGCAAAUCCCCUAAUCUAUGGAUAUUGGCAGAAGGAAGUUCGCCUGGAGAUCUAUCAGAUGUGUUUGUGCCUGAGGAGCAAAAUCUUUCCUCUUUUCCAGUUUGACAACCAUCCUGGGACUGGUCCCACCCAGUCUAGGGGACCACUAUAUAUCAACUCACUAGCCCAGCUGAAGAAGUGAUGUUGGUAAAAAACAAAGUGCCUCCCUGGGCACAUUUCCUGGUAAGGUUCUUCUCUUGCGCAUUUCACCAAGUCUUCCACCCAGAAGCAAAGUUAUUCCAUGGUAAGAGGGUGGGGAAAUCAGGUUUCCUGAUCUUUUUGCCUUAGCAGUAAGAAGUUCAGGGCCACUUUGAACACCGUAUAUCACA